CUCCAGUCAGAAUUAAGGGAGUCUUUUUCUAAAUGCCUUAUAUUCUGAGGGGGGAACCACAGACACAUGACUUGUGAUCUUAUCUGCUGAAAAUGAGGCGAAAAGCUCCUAAACGGGUCAUCACAGAUAGCCAACAACUAUCUGGCUCCCCAGGCAAGACUUAAAGCUUUGACUAUUGCUAUGUGGUUAGAAUUCAAACAUUGGUUCAACGUUCAGUCGAGCUGCAGCACAAGUAACAGCCACACACACAGGCAAGCUGAGGCAGAGGGAAAACUAUGAAAAAGAUAUAUAUCGGCAAAACAGCCCUGAAAAGCCAGAGAAAUGGAAGCAAACACCCAAAAAGAAGCUCUUUCCACGACCACAAGGAUGACCUCCGUAAGCGUCUGUCGUACACCACCCACAAACUAGAGAUGGUAGAAACAGAAUUCGACUCCACUCGGCAGUACCUGGAAACAGAGCUGCGGCGGGCCCAGGAGGAGCUGGAGAAAUUUACAGAGAAGCUGCGCAGGAUUCAAAGUGGUUACUCAGCUCUUCAGAGGAUCAACCAAGACCUAGAAGACAAGAUAUGCAGGACGUCUCAGCACCACGAAGACGAAAAGAGAGCACUCAGCCGGGAAAUCAUUGUUCUCAACAACCACCUCAUGGAGGCAAAGAUCACCAUCAACAAACUCAGAGAGGACAAUGACUUGUACAGGAAAGACUGCAAUCUGGCCGCCCACCUGCUGCACUGCUCCAAGUCACACUACAGAGCACACAAGUUGUCUGAGUUGCCUCUGGAUUUCCAGGAACGCAUCAACUCCUACAUGGAGAAACAUAGUCGGGGUAGAGGAGCCACCAUAGCAAUGUGUCACCCCAAUUACCCUGAAGAAGUGCCGACAGCAGUUAUUGCCAAGGUCCUGGAAAAGCUUGAACCAGGAAGUGACUCCCCUAUAACAUGCUCAUCAAGCUCCCAUGUUCAGGAUGGAGACUUUUUAAUAGGAACAGGAAGCAAUGAUCACCUAAACCGCCGCAUUUCAUACAAAUCAUCUGACCUGUACUGCAGCGACACAGCCCUGUAUUGUCCCGAACGAUGGCAAGACACAGAACGAAGGCAGAGUGUUGACCUCCAUGACACUGGGCUGCUUCAGCUGCAUGCUCAGACCUCCUUAGAGAGUAACCCAGAUGAUGAUCCUUUUCAGUCUGGUAGUUUCUCCCACCAUGAUCCCCCAUCGUCUUUUCACCACCAUGAAGAGUUUGGCACUGGCAGUUUCCCUGCCUCUAGUUCGUACUCCAGCUUUAGCCUUGCAUCAGAUGAGAAGGGGACAGUCAGUGGAGGGGGUGGGCGCACCACCAAUAGCGCCUUAUCCUCUUCCCAUCAGGGUCUUUAUAUGGACUGGCGAGAUGGUGUAAGUGGGGACUAUGACCACAAGAGCUUGUCUUCAUAUGACAAACAAAAUCCUGGCUUCUCCAAGUCACACAGCGUACAGCGAUUGGUGAGCACUAGAAGUCCCCAAAAGGGCAUGUCACCAUCGUACACAAGGACAGCUUCAUGCUUCAGUGAACCAUACCACUCAAGCUCCCCUCGCCUUGCCUCCUCCCACAGCAUGGGGUCCACAGCAGGACUGGGCCAGGCCCAAGGUGGAGCUUUGGACAGCCGGAAUGACAUACAGGUCCCUGAGGAUGACUUAAGUAUCCGCUGGAAACAGCUCAGCGUUGAGGAUAUCCAUAGUUUCUCUUCUUAUCGCAACAUGGCAGGCCGGAUCUCCCCGUACAGCUUCUCUGAGCAACAAUUUGCCAUGGGCCCAUCAAGUAAGCACAAAGAGUCUCUCUACAGCAGUUUCCAAGAAGGUGAUGAUGUCUUCCACGGCCAUGUCCUUGACCACUGUUUUUCUGUCGGCUCCCCGUCACCAAGCCAAAAUCCCAAACCUAAAGAGCAUCGUAAGUCUGAGAAAACAUCUGCGUUGUAUCGAGCAAAGGAUGACAGUCAAGACUCAGAGAGCAGUCUGUUCCUCUCUGGGAGCUCUAAAGACAAGGAAAGCAGUGGGGGGGCAACAUCGGCUAACAGUACCAAGAAGGACUAUGUAAACCUGGGCGUGGAUAGCUCGGCUGAGUCCUUGCACCACAGCUCAUUGGAGGCAUCAAGUCUUCAGCACUACCCAGCCCCAAGGCCAACCAUCCGACCUCGCCCUAGCUCCAGUUCUGCCCUCAGCACAGGUCCUGCACUCCCGAAGAAAACUUCUCCGAGAUACAAAAAAUUUGGAAGCACAGGAUUGACGAGGAAGGACAGUUUAACCAAGGCACAGCUAUACGGUACGCUGCUCAACUGAGUGCAGACAAGCAGUUUCAGUUUAUGCAUGCUGAUGGUGAUGACUCCAAACUGUACUGUACUGUACUGCACUGUAUGUUUCCCUGAAGCAAACACAUUCUUGUGAUGGGAUGUUAAGCUGUUGUCCCUUUUUGUAUCUUAGCCAAGGCACGCUUCAUGCAGUCUGUAACAUGUUUUCUAUUGUGCAUCUUGAUAUACUGUAGCAAUCUGAUACCAUCUUUAAAGAAAAUGUAAUAGUUUGCUUUUCCAGUAAUGAGGAUUUUAAUUAGCACCACCAUUAUGUGGUUAGCACAGUAAGCAAAUUGAUAUAAACUCCUGUUUGAAGGGCAUUUAUCAUCACCAAUAUCAUCAGAAACUUUUAAUUCAAAACACUGAUAUUCUAGAAUAAGACAGAAAGACAUUGUACUUUCUGCUCCGGUCAUAACAAGAACUGUUAUUCUAAUAUGCAUCCACAUGCAUUAAUUGUGCAAGUCUAGCUUUUGUCCACAUCAUUAGUGUUUAAGUUGGGAUUAAUUGCUUUACAGUAAUAUAGCUUUUAAAACAACACUGUCUGUUAUUAUACUGGAACUCCAUGAGUCGUUGUGUAAUCUGUCAACCCAUGACAAUAAUCAAUGUGCUCACCCGCCCCUCCACACACACACGCGCACACACACAAAAACCCCUUCAGGCCAGUGCUACAAAUAUGGUGGCUUGAAGGGAAGCUUAACUACUCAUUCAUCCAAAGACCACUUAAGGAUUAACACUUUCCUGUCGUCUUUCCUGUCUUCCCUCAUUUUGGCUCAGACAUGGAGAAAAGUGCUUUUAUUUAAGUUUUAUUAAAGACAUAAUAAAACAAAAGAUGUAAAAAGAAAAAUUCUUGGUAAAACAAGAAUUUGAAGUUGUUGCAAACAACUGAAAUUAAUCUCACUGCUCCAAGUGUUUAUUUGGUGGGGCAAAAAGUAUACAUUUUCAUAAAAUAUCUAUUUUUAUUGGAUGGUGAAAAACAGAUACUCUUCACCAGAUCCCUCAGCUAUCUCCAUUAGGAUUUUUAAUCAAAAGUGCACAGUUCAUCCUUUUUCAAUGUUGGCCAUGAGCGGCUACACAUUUACUUGAAAUUAUGAUUAAAAAGAUAUUUUCAGUUACAGUAUACUUCACCAUUUCCAGAUGAUCAUCUCCUUCUGUUUGGAUAGGGGCCCUGUCAUUUACUAUGACGGCCACCAAAAAACAUGCAGUCAUGUUAAAAUUAAGCAAUAUACACCAAGCUCUAAUCCCAAUAGUGUUUACUUAAUUAUUUUAAAGCCUGGAAGAAUUUUUGCAUCGCAAUCAGCAAAAAAAAAAAAAAAACAUUGCCCACCAUCGCCAUCUGCUGGCAGUACUUAGUCACAUUUCCAUCAACUUAACAGCUUCCAAGGCUUUAGCUCCAACUUCAUUGAACACCAAUGUUCAUACUGUGUUCCAAGCUACUUAUCUCUUAUCCAUUUUGGCAUCUAAUAUUUUUUGUUACACGUUUCCACAUUUUUCGUCUUCAUACCUUCACUGAAAGUCACUUGGCUCGGUUAAUUUCUUGCUUACUCGUUGUUUACUCGU